AUGAAAGCCGAGGCUAAAGAUGGGAACAAAAGUAUGGAUGCGUUGUAUGCACGCCCAGACGUUAUCGUGCAGUCCGACGAAGACGCGGCCAUUGCUGUACGACAAGUUACCAUGACGGGUGUCGUGAGUUCGAAACAGCGACGACUUUUGGACAAUAGAGUAGACGUGGACAUGCCGUCGUAUAAUUCCUGUACGCUGAAAGAAUGCCUUUGUCUUGAGUACAUUGCUGGUUUUCAAUGCCAAUUCGAGCGCAUCUUUCCAACGCGACGAGCACUGUAUCUUAACCCUCCGAACGAAAAUGGCGUACCCAAGUUUGUAUGUACAACGAUCCGACCGACUUUGCUGCCGUAUCGUGAACUGUACGACUGUCAUACGUUAGCUCGGUUUUUGGCUGGAAUGAUUCAGUACGAGCCAUUGGCUAAUCCGUUGAAUCCACCUCUGUAUUUACCAUCACCAACGUUCACACUUAAGUGGCAAGCAGGAGACAGUUUUGACAUGGCAACACUUCUGGCAUCGUUCAUGAUUGGGGCAGGGUAUGAUGCAUAUGUUGUCAACGGAAUUGCUCCAAAAUGGUUAUGUCUAUUGGAUCAGAGCAAAACCCCUUUGCCAGAUUUGCCAGUGGAGAAAGAGCUGCACACACUUUGUGAUCGUAUCAUAGCAAACGAUCGUUUGAAAGCACGAGAGAAUACAAAUCAAGUGCCUUUACGAAGCCGAACAACCUUUACGAGCAAGAUUUUGGAGAAUCAAGAAUCAGAGGUAAAAGAAGUGGACAAUGUUCACAUUGAAGACAACUACAGAGACGAUGGGGAGGAGGAAAAAGACUUCUUGGAAGGAAAGCGUGUACAUGCUUGGGUGCUUGUACGAGCAGGGAGCCGUGAAGUGCCCGAGCACUUUUUCCUAGAACCCUCGACAGGACGAAUGUACGCGCUUGACACCUCGCCUUACAUCUUGAUCGAAAGUAUCUGGAACCAUGAAAAUUACUGGGUCAACAUGCAGCAACAAGCCGUACAUCUGACACGAUUUGACUUGUCAAACUCAAGUGAUUGGGAGUAUGCAAUCUUAUCGAUAGCUGAGCGAAAAGUGGAAGCGGAGGCCGAUCAAGACGCAAAAGGAGGAAGCAACCUCUCGAAUGAUCUAGAGAUUCUGAGUACAAAACUUGAUGAUCAGCUGGGAAUUGAGGCUACAGACAAUGAUCUUAUCCUUGAUAUUCCUCCGUCGUGGGUGCACAAGCUUCAGAUUGAUCGUGCAACAUUCAAGAAGAAGUUUGUACAAAAUAGUCAGCAAAUUACACUUUUUCAUCGUGCUAAAGUGGAAGAAUUUGCUGAAGGCACUCACGAACAGGGUUUGGUUGUACGAGUGACCCUUUUUCGGGACGAAGAGUACACUUUACCCAUUGAAAUUCGAGAAUAUUUUCAAAAUCGAAAGGAUCGACUCGAAUCGCGUUUCCGGUUCCCUUUUGAAGGGAAGUUUGAAGAAUUUUUUGCGGCAGGAAGAAAUCCAGAUGCACUUCAAUCGCGCACGGAAUGGUUAGGAUAUCGUCGAGACUUUCACUUUUAUACUGAUGCUCGAUCUGAUGGUCUUGUGACACGUCAAGAGGAAAUUCAAAAGCGUGUUGUCGAACACUUUGACAAACGUGACGACUUUCUUUGCUUUCGAUCCGUGACACUUGCAUCAGAAAACGAGAAAAUAGAUGCCAGGAAUCCAUACAUUUUGCCAGGCGGUCCUACAGGUGAAAUUGGCAUUAGAAGUAUGAAAGAGAAAUUUGCGCGGAAUAUGAAACUUGUAGCUGAUGAAGAUCAGCGCAAACGUGCGUACAAUGUCCGCGAAGGUUCAAUUCAAGUAUUCUUUCAUUACGCUGAAGGAAAGAUAACCGCCAGCUCGCGUACGUAUCACAAAGCUCCGAAUGUUCCGAUUGAAGUUGUCAUGGCAGAUCCAACCUCAAGAAAGCCAAAACUUUCAGUGCUUGAAGACGAGAUGCGAACAUUUUUGCAGACGGAGAAAGACUGUUACAAUGCCAUUCGCCGUUCUGACAUUGAAACGCAAGAUAUCUUAAAAACUCGAAAACGUGAAGAAAGUGCGAUCGUAUUAGAGACAAAUGUAUUUGAUCAAAACGAGCACGAGGUUCAAGAUCAAGACAAAGAAGAUGUCCAAGAGCUCGAGAUGGUGCAAAAUGAAGUCGAUUACCUUAGUCCAUUCUUGCCAAGCGGGUAUGCUACGGAAAAGAUUUUGACGAAAGAGGAGGCUCAAGCUGUACGCGACCUUUGUCUACGUAAUCUGAAAGAGCGAUUAUUAGAGCGCGCAAAUAUCAUUCAAGGACGACUGAAUAAAGAAAAUUCGCAGCUUGCAAAGCGUCAAGCCGCUUAUCAACGUAGUCAACGGGAGCAUAUCGAGGAUCCAGACGACGAUUUCGAACGCUUUUGCAGUGACACAAUGUUUCGCAUUCAGAUCCUAGAGCAACGGCUAACGAGACAUGAGGAGACGGCACUGCUUAAAUACGCGGAGAUGGACAAACGGUUGAAUAGUGACCCGCGUUUGCGUGUGCUGCAUCGAUAA